CAAUACUACUGUCACUAUGUACAGUUGGCAUACACAAUACACAUUCAAAAUUCAAAAUAUUUGUGACCAUAUAUGGAAAUGUGUUAUGACUACCGUUGGCAUCGCGUGAUCACUAUAGUAUACGUACAAGUACAUCUUCAUAAUUGUAUAUAAUAAGCUACUCACUAGUGUUUACUGAGAGAUCAGACUAGAGGGAGUACAAGAUAAGAGAAGAGAAGACUACUAACAGUCAGUAUAAGCUACUCCAGUAAAGAAAGAACUGAAACAAGAAAUAGUGAGACUAUAGAACAGGACAGAUAAAAAUGUCAGACAGUGAAGAAAAAAAAAUAGAAGAAGUCUGUGCAGAAAUAGAAAAAUUUCAUAAAAAAAUUAAUGAACAAAAAGUGAAAGUCUAUACAAAGGAAAAAUUAUUGCAGGAAUUUGAUGAAGUAAUAACAAAGAUGAAUGACAUCGCUGAUCAAAUGACAGAAACAGAAACAGAAAUGCUUAAAAAAGAAAAGGACUGCAACAAAGAUCUGGAAAAAAAAAUAGAGGAAACUACUCGAGUGAAGGCUUUACAGCCAGCUGAUGACAAAGAGAAGCAAAAAAAAUUAAAGAAGUGUCAAGAGCUACUGAAAGAAAUUAAAUCAUUGAAAUGUGAAAUGGAAUAUGCAAAUUCAACAAAAGAAAAUGUGCAAGAAAUAAGAAAGAAUGCAAAUAUAAUAAAAGAAAAAGCAGAAACAGCAAAAACUAGAGUAGCAGAUGCAGAAAGUAGUCCAAAUUUAGAGAAAGAGGUCCAAGAGUUAGAAAAAAUAAAAGCAGAAGCAAAAGUAGUGGAGCAAGAAGCAAAUGAAGAAUGGGAUGAAUAUUACAUGAAUAUAGCAUGUUUGGCUGCUUUAAGAAGUAAAGAUCCAAGCACACCAGUUGGUGCUUGUAUUGCUGAUACUGAAUCUUGUCAAGUGGUUGGGAUCGGAUACAACUCAAUGCCUUAUGUUGAAGGAGGAAACAAUGAUAAAAUUUUCCCAUGGAAAGGAUCGACAACUGAUAAAAUAAAUCCUGAACUGAAAUAUCCUUAUGUUGUUCAUGCAGCAGUAAAUGCUAUUGCCAGUAAACCUAGUGAGAGCAUUGAAGGAUGUACAAUAUACUUGACACAUUGCCCAGACAAAGAUUGUGUUCAGGCAAUCAUAAAAGCAAAAAUAAAAAAAAUAGUUUACUGUAUGUUUACAAGACAUGAUGAAUAUGAAAGAGAGACGGAGGAUGAUAUGGAAGUAGCUAAAAAGAUACUGGAAAGAAAUGCUGUCAAAAUUAGAAAAUUUAAAAAUGAGAAUGCUGGGGGACAACUAAAAGACAGGAUAGAUAGAAUUAGACCCAGAUAUACUAAAAAAAACAAAGACGAAUGCAAAUGGCCAACUGAAUCAGCCAAAGAUUUCAUACCAUGGGAGACAUUCUUCAUGGAAAUAGCAUUACUAUCAAAGGAACGAUCAGCUCAUUCUGAAUAUCAGGUGGGAGCAUGUGUAGUGUCACCAAAGAAACAAGUAUUAGCUGUUGGAUAUAAUGCAUACCCAGAAGACAUGAUACAUGAAGAGACUGAAGAUGAAAAAAAAGAUAAUGAAGAAGAAUCAGAAUAUAUUUCACAUGCUGAAUACAAGGCAAUAUUAGGAAUAUCACCAUCAGUUCAAGGGUGUACACUAUAUGUCACUCAAUAUCCAUGUCAUAUGUGUGCUAAAGUUAUAGUACAGUCUGGUAUUAGGGAAGUGAUAUAUGAUGAAGAUGGAGGAUGGAAACAACCAAGCUACAUAAGCUCAAGAAAGAUACUUACCACAUGCUUAGGAACUGAGAAUAUUAAUAACAUAAGAAGUUACGAUAAAAAAUUAGUUUGAAACUGUUACAAAGAAUCAAGCUAAAAGAAAUGGAAAUGGAUUAUUAUUAUCAUUAUCAUUUCCUGUGUCAUUGUUUGUCUUCUAGAUAUAGGCAUAUUCUAGUUGAAUGCUAAAUAGUUUGUAACCAUUUUGUUAAAC